AUGUCGCCUGCAACGGUCCAAGUCAAUCCUUCAUCCAAGCUGCCCUCUCCCGGCUUCAACGCCGGAGCGCGCCCAUACCGCUCUCAUAAGGUUCGCGCCUGCGACUUGUGCCGUAAGCGCAAAUCCCGAUGCACGGUCGACAUUCCCGGCCAGUCCUGCCUUCUGUGUCGCGUGCAGGGGGCCGACUGCCACUAUCAAGAGGAGCCGAACCCGGAUGCAUCGGUCUUGAGCGCACCCGACUCCAAGACAUGGCCGAGAAGUCGAAUGGAGGCGCCGUCCUCGGCACAGAAGCGCAAGCGCAGUCCGGAUGGACUUCCCAAUUCCCCUUCGAAUAUCCCGACCCGCCAGUCGACCAAUGGGCCAAGCCCGCAGAACACGACUUCGUCCGGAGGACGCCGCGGGAGCGACUCGCGGCGAAACUAUGACGACCCGCAAAAUGAGUCGGUGCUCAUUGUCGGUCCGAUGGUCGCGGAGGAUGCACAAGUUAUUGAGAAACAUAUGCCUCCUGAGCGGUCUAGCCAGUCGGAAGAACCCAACAACCACCCAUACAACGUCUACUCGAGUGAUCCAAGACGGCCCAUUCUGUACCAGACGAUCUCGCGACGACGGAAGGGUAUGCGAGUCGGUACGCCACCAGGAGAGAACCAGAAGGAAAUACUGGAGCAAAUCUUGGGACCAUUCAAACAUGAUCUCGUCAGACUUUUCAUUGACCGAUUCAACGUCGCUUUUCCCAUCUUCGAUGGCGAAUCGUUCUGGGAGGCUUAUGUUUCGGAAACUCCACACGAUCCACCGGCCUCGCUGCUAUGCCAGGUAUAUUCAAUGUCCCUUGUAUACUGGAAGCAUGUCCCCAAGCUUGCAUGCCAUCCCAAGCCGGAUGUCCGGUACGCAGUCAACAUGACCGUUGCGGCCCUCCACGAGGAGUUCUCUGCGCCAGGACUGUCGACCAUCAGUGCGGGCCUGAUCGAUCUGACAGGACGCCCGAUAUUCUCCAUGACUGGCAAUGCCAUCAGCUGCGGCCGCCUUGUGUCCUUGUCGAACUGUCUUGGAUUAAACCGUGACCCCAGCCAAUGGAAGAUCCCCCCACAAGAAAAGCAUCAUCGGGUUCGUCUCUGGUGGGGAGUGGUGAUUCACGAUCGCUGGGGAAGCUUUGGACAUGGAGUACCCCCACAGAUCUCCAAGGACCAGUACGAUGUGCCUGUCCCCACCGUCGAUGUCUUGGUUCCGCCCAAUCUCCGCACCGCGGAACGUGUUAGGGCUGCCCAUUGCCACAUAGCUUUGUGUCGAUUGACUGAGAUCCUGGGAGAGUUGUUACCAUUGGUCUAUGGCCUUCAACACAAAAUCUCCCGCGAGAUCUCCAAGAAAUUGAGGCAGAUACGGACCGAUCUGGAUAUGUGGGAGGACUCUCUCCCUGACUGGCUACGAGGACCCAUGAGCCCUCCCAGUGAGCGGGUCUACGGAUCGAGCAGCUUACAGCUAGCCUUUUUGGCGCUCAAAAUGCUCGUUAGCCGAGUGGAACUGAAUGAGGUCAACAACGCAGACACCGACAAUCCCGAAGCGCGUCGCUAUUUCCAAACAGAGUGCCGACGUUCAGCGGAAGAUAUUGUCGUCUUCAUCACAUCUCUGCGAAAAGACAACUACAAGGAGUUCUGGCUGCCAUACAGCGCCUUCCACCUAACAUCAGCAGCCACGCUUCUGGUCCGCUGCGCCCUCGAAACAAACGACAACGACGUCGCCCGAUCCUGCCUCGCCAGCGUGGAGACCCUCCGCACUGUUCUGCGCCGUGUCCGCGAAGAAGAGGACUGGGAUGUCGCGGACAUGUGCCUGGACCACUGUGAACGAGUCAUGCACCGACUGCCCGGCACUAGCGCCUCAGUGGACCAACACCUGGGCACGGGCACCCUGGCCGAUAAUGGGCUCGUCAACCCGGCGGCGAUCUCGCUGCCCGAAACACAAACCAACAAUGACAUCGUCGACGACAUGAUGUCCAUCUCUGGCACGUUUGGAACGAUGGACGGCUUCCCCUUCGAUAUGACGGGGAUCUGGGAUGUCUCUGUCUUCCAAGAUGUGAACCUCACCUGA